CUUAUCCUUCUACUCAUCACAUUGAUUAUUGUGGGCAUACUUGUUCACCUUUAUUUCCUGAUUGAAUCAGCUUUCAUUUUUGUAGUUGUUUCAGGGGCUUUGAUUAACCUAUUUUACAAAAAAGGGUCCCAGGAAGUUGAGGAAGAUGAUCUCGACAACAUGCUGGGAAUGCCCUCUAGAUUCUCCUACGAAGAGUUGAAGAGCAUCACCCAGAAUUUCAGCAACAAGCUCGGUGAAGGUUGAUUCGGGUCCGUUUUUCGAGGAACACUGCCUUCGGGUUCCGAUGUGGCGGUGAAGCAUCUCCAAGGCUUCGGUCCUGUUAACAAGUCUUUCAUAGCCGAAGUCCAGACGAUCGGAAACGUCCACCAUUUCAACUUGGUAAGUUUGGUUGGAUUUUGUGCCGAAAAAUUCAACAGGCUUUUAGUUUACGAGCACAUGGCGAAUUGUUCUCUAGACCGAUGGAUCUUCAACGUCGACCUUGCUCUUGGUUGGCAAAUUAGGAAGAAUAUCAUCUUUGACAUAGCCAAAGGACUAUCCUACCUUCAUCAAGAUUGCAACCAGAAGAUAAUACACUUAGACAUCAAACCCGAAAACAUCCUAUUAGACGAUAAUUUCAAUGCCAAAGUUUCGGAUUUCGGGUUAUCCACACUGAUAAGAAAACACCAGAGUCAACUCAUUACAACCAUGCGGGGAACCCCUGGCUACAUGGCUCCCGAAUGGUUGAUCUUCGUCAUAACCGAGAAAGUCGAUGUCUAUAGCUUCGGUAUCGUCGUCCUCGAGAUCCUAUGCGGUCGACGGAACAUGGAUGGAUCUCGAUUUGGCUUCUCUUCCUUCAGAUUCUGGUCCAAGUUAUCAUUUGUGCCUACACCAUAACCAUGGGUCAGCGAAGCAAUUUCAAGGUGACCCCGUUGCUCAAGUCCCCGCAUCUCUACUUCCCGGUUUUUUUGCUAAAUGUGCCUUUUCUUACAAGAAGAAUGUUAACAUUUGGAGUAGCCAAGCUCAGAAACUCAAGAUGGUUCAACCUUAUGACAUUUUCCUUUCAGAUCCCCACGUUUCAGCAUCGAGAACCAUCGGUGCAUCUUUGAGUGCGAAUUUUGGGGAAAAUUCAGCCAGAUUAAUUGAGGAAGCUAAAGAUAUUAAGCGGUUAUCAUUGCAUCAUCCAACUCUAAAAUCUUCCCUUCUAGGGGAUAUAUUUGCAUCCAUGUCAUUUACAGCCCAGCAUGGGAACUUCCAACGGCUAUUGUCUGAUCUUACAAGAUUUCAGGCUCGCAUGGAUUUCCCCUCUGGUUCUAAAUUCCUUUCAGGUGCCACACAAGUAGCUCAGUAUCUUUUGAAUUCGCUCCAGCCUAGUUCUGAAGCAAUUAAAAUGAUCUUCCCAAGUACCACCCUUUCACUUCAGCAGCAGAUUGCCGGACCUUUCAGUUUUAGAGUUGAUUCGGGAGUCUUGAUUGAUUUCGAGGACAAAAGUUGGCAUAUACAGGCAGGCCAGCCUGUGUUUGCAAUCGAAUAUGCAUUGCACGUCCCUUUUUCCGCAAAGGCUGUUGCUUGGUACUCCCCAAAGCAUCAAGAAUUUAUGGUAGAGCUUCGUUUCUUCGAGACAUAA